CACAAAACCAAAAAAACAAUGGAGGUUUCUGAACUCUGAAGCAGAGCCUCUUCUCUUAGACGUUUCGCUCUCAAAAGACAACGACACCGGAAAUGUCUGGGGAACAAGCAAAUGAGCUUGCUUUGGAUACUGAAGCGAGAGUCCAUUCUUUGGACAAUGAAAACUUUGGUGACAUUGAUGAAAAUGUGGGUGAGAAUUUGGUUUUUGAUGAAGCAAAAGCAAGCCAAGCCCUUGCUUUAUGGAUCUGCACCGCAGAUGUGCCGCUUCAGAUCAUUGAAGAUCCCUUAUUUCUUCGUUUUGUGCAUUCAGUGAACCCAUUUGCUAAGCCUGGCAAUGUCAAAUUGGUUAAGGCUGAGUGCUUGAAAAUAUUCAAGGAAGAGAGAGUGAAAAUUAAACAAGCUCUAGCUGAUUUCAAUGGUCAAAUCAGCCUCUCGGUUGAUGUGUUGAAGUCUUCAGUGUGCAGUGAGUAUAUGUGCUUAACAGCACAUUUUGUUGAUGAUGGUUGGGAAGUGAAAAAGUGGGUACUUGGUGUUUGCCGUGUUUGGGAAGAGGAAGAUGAUGUUUCCAAGAUGAUUCUGAAGUGUCUUUUGGACUGGAAAAUUGAGAACAAGAUAUUCGCGAUCACUAUGAAAAAUGAUAGUGAUUAUGUUGCUACAGUCAAGAUUAUUAAAGAUCAUGUUCAAGAAAAGAAGAAGCUCCAGCUGAAGGGUCAGUUAUUUCAUGUGUAUUGUUGUGCUGACAUGUUGUGUGCAAUUGUUCUAGAUGCAUUGGCUGAGAUAAAAGUUAAUGAAGUACUUGAUCAUGUGGCCUGUGGGAGACCAACCUCACUUUGGCAUCUAACAUAUCAGGCACUAAAAGAUGCUUCAGAGUUAUAUUCCAUGGGGGAGUUUUCUAGAGAUGAGUAUCAUGUGAUAGAAAUACCGCCUGCUGAUGUAUGGAGUAAAGCUGAAGCUGUCGUUAAACUUCUAGGAAGCAUUUAUAAUGUGGCAAAAAGUUUGUUUGAAACAAAAUAUCCAACAGUUAACAACUAUCUUCAUAAUCUUCAAGAGCUUCAAGCAAGUUUGAUUCGUGAAUCGAUGAGUUCAGAUAGUUUCAUCAAACCUAUAGCUGAGAAAAUGUUACAGAAGUUUGAUAAGUACUGGAAUGAUAUGUUUUUGCUGUUGGCACUAACUACACUGUUGGAUCCACGUUUUAAGAAGAAAUAUUUUGAAUUUUCUUCUUUAAAAUAUGAGAACAGUGAUAGCAAAUCACAGGUCACUGCUGUUUUGGAUGCCAUUCAGACCCUUUAUGAUGAAUAUGCAACCACUAUUGAUGGAAAUGAGAAGUCUAUGAGUAAAUCUUCAGCUUUGUCUGCAGGUGAAGAUAGUGAUGGUCCCUGUCCUAAAUUCAGACGUGUUGAGGAAGGCUGUGGCAGUUCUAAAGAUGGUUUUGAUUGGGUGAAAGAAUAUGAACAAUUCACUCAAUCUAAAGGUCGGCGCCCAAAGUCAGAACUGGAUUUUUAUUUGGAAGAACCUGUCAUACCAUGGAUUGAGGAUUUUGAUAUUAUUAGUUGGUGGAGAACCUCUAGCUCAAAAUAUCCAAUCCUCUCUAGUGUGGCUCGUGACUUAUUGGCAAUCCCCAUUUCAGUUGCCACUUCAUAUGACGCGUAUGAUACAACAGCAAGGAAGGUUGAUUGGAAUAUAAUCUCAGCAGGGCGUGAUCUUAUGGGAGCUUUGAUGUGUACUCGGAGUUGGAACCAAAGCAACUCAGACAAAGAUUAAGGGGGUAAGAAAAGUAUGAAUCUUGCAGAUCUUUUUGUUCUAUGUAACCUGUGAGGGCAUGCCAGAAGGCCCAGAGCUAUUUGAAAAGGAAGCAACUGUCUGGAUUUUGUGUUUUAGCAUUACCAGAGAUCUUCAACAGAUGCUUUAUUUUCUUCACUUGUUAAUUAGGUUGCAUAAAUCAAAUACCUAUGAUGUCUGUGACUUUUGAUUGCGUUGCCUUUAUGCCAUAUAUCUUGCUUUUGAAUGUCUUUUAAUUAUGUACUUUGAAACUUGGUUUAUGAUAGUAGUCUCUUA